AUGGCGGCAGCAGCAGCUGCCGAGGCACCCUCACCUGCAGCGCAGCAGCAGCAGCAGCAGCAGCAGCAGCGGGAGCAUGAAGAACAGCAGCAGGAGCAGCAACAACAGCAACAACAACAAGAGCAGCAACAGGGAGAGGAAGAGCCGCAGCAGCCCUACGAUGCGGAGUCACUUGUUGCUGCCUUAAUGGCGUCGCCGGCCUUCGAGCCUUUGAAAAAACGAAGCAUCGUCAGUGGAGCUGUUGUUGAGGAGUCUCUUUCGGCUGAGGACUGCAAACAAAGUUUGCUGCAGCUCAUCAACGCCCACCCGCACGUCUUCCUAGAGCGCCACGGGCGUUUGCUGCCUGAGGCGGCGGUGAGGUGUCUCGGCAGGCACUUCAGCACCCGUCCUGAAGUACAGUAUUACGUUGAGCGGCUAUGUGGGGAAGGCAGCAGCAACAGCAAGCAGCAUACAAAGCCUACCAAGGCGCAGCAGAAUCGCCGUCUGCAGCGCAUGCGGCAGCUGCAAGAAGAAGGCGUCUUCUUCUCGGAAGCAUCACUGAAGCAAGUCGAGCCUGCUCUGUACGAGGAGAUGGUCGGACGUUUCGAGUGUAACUACGCCCUGGCGGCUAAGACCCCUACUGCAGCAGAAGCAGCAGCAGCAGCAGCAGAUGCUACAUCGUCAGCAGAAGCAGCAGCGACAGCAGCAGCUGCUGCUGCAACAGCAGCAAAAGACGCAGAUGAAGAAGACGAGCUUGCUGCUGCUGCCGCAGCAGCAGUAGCAGCAGCAGCAGCGGAAGCAGCAGCUGCUGCAAAAGCUGCAGCAGAAUCUCCCGAGACCCCCACUGCCAUUGUCCCUGCUUCUGCUGCACUACAGCAUGCUGCGGCCAGCAGCAGCAGCAGCAGCAGCAGCAGCAAGAGAGGCGUUUUAUAUAGUACGAUGUUAGACAGGGCUUACGACAGAGAAGAAGAAGAGGACAGAAUAAACAAACAGCAGCAAAUCUGGAGGCAGCAAGAAAAACUCUUCUAUGCACAACUCAAACGCAUGCAGCAGCAGCAGCAGCAGCAGCAGCAGCAGCAAGCAACAGCAAACACAGGCUACGAUAGGGAAGAUGCAGCAACUGCUGCAGCAAACCAACAAAGAAGUGAAAAGAGAGAAGACACCGAGAAAGAGAUGCAGCAGCAGCAGCAGCAGCAGCAGCAAGAUCAGCAGCAGCAGCAGCAAAAGAUUUCUGUCUUAGCCGAGGUGGAGCCCCAGCGAAAAAUUGAUCGCGGCUCUGCUGCAGCCCGGCAGCAGCAACAGCAGCGACUGCAGCAGCAGCAUAAGCAGCAGCAACAGCAGCAGCAGCAACAGCAGCAGCAGCAGCAGCAGCAGCAACAGCUGUUUGGGUCGGAGGAGGCGGAGGUCCUGCAAAUUUCGCCAGAAGAAUUCGAAAACAACAGAAGAGAUUUUAUUGAAGUGAUGCGGCUGCGGUUUUUGGGGGGCGAAUUUCCAGGCGUUGAUUUUGCUGCCAUCGAUGCAGACGACUCUCUCGAUGAUAUCGCUCAGGUGAACAGAGACCUUCAGGACGCGUACUUCGACGCUGACUGA